CUCUCUCUCUUGUUUAAAUGUGUGAUAGUAACAGGACAAGCUAUUGACAGGCAAGCCGAUUCUUCAGAGGGAAGGACCCUGAUCCUCUGUCGGUCUCCAGUGUGUGUGAAGUUCCUCAGAGGGUCUUGGAAGAUGACUGCCGUGUGUGGGUCUUUCCGCCUCGUAUCGGAGGAGGAGCAGAAUCUGAGAGCCAAGUUAGAGCAUCUUACAGUCAAGGACCAUGGACCUGUGUUUGGGCCCUGCAAGAAGCUACCAGAUCACACAGUGCAGAAGGCGAAGGAUGAGUUAAACGAGACAAAUGAGAAGCGAGCACUGGCUGUAAAGGAGCUGCGUACCGCCAUCGGGGAGAGGGCCGACGAGGAUGAGGUGGCGCGGGGCGUGCAGAGCCGAUUUGGCGAGCAGUCUGACACAAUGUUGCUGAGAUUCAUUCGUGCACGGAAGUACGACGUGGGCCGUGCCUACGAGCUCAUGAAAGGCUAUGUGCGUUUUAGGCAGCAGUACCCUGAGCUCUUUGAGAACCUGACCCCCGAGGCUGUGCGUAGCACCAUCGAGGCCGGUUAUCCCAGCAUCCUGCCCAGCAGGGACAAACAUGGCCGAGUGGUGCUGCUGUUCAACAUUGAGAACUGGGACUAUGAGGAGAUCACCUUUGAUGAGAUCCUGCGUGCCUACUGCGUCAUCCUGGAGAAGCUGCUGGAGAAUGAGGAAACCCAGAUCAACGGUUUCUGCAUGAUCGAGAACUUCAAGGGCUUCACCAUGCAACAGGCCGCAGGCAUCAAGCCCACGGACCUCAGGAAGAUGGUGGACAUGUUGCAGGACUCGUUCCCUGCCCGUUUCAAGACUGUUCAUUUCAUCCAUCAGCCCUGGUACUUCACCACCACCUACAACGGAGCAAAGCCUUUCAUGAAGAGCAAGCUGCUGGACAGGGUCCAUAUUCAUGGGGAUGAUCUGGAAGACUACUUCAAGGAGUUUGAUGUUGAGAUCCUUCCUGCAGAGUUUGACGGGCAGGCGCCCAGAUAUGAUGGCAAGGCCACAGCAAGGCUGCUCUUCGAUUCUGAGGACACUGCCCUUUAACUCUCGAUUCCUGACCUUGGUCCCACAUUGCAUAUACUGGAUAGUCAAGGAAUAUACCUAUAAGCUAAUUUUCGUAGAGGAUAUUUUAAAGAAUAGAAGAAGCCAUGUUAAAGAAAAAAAAGCAGAGAGAGAGAGAGAAUGAGUCCAGGCCAGUUCCUUCAUCUUGACAGCCCCACCCAUCACCACUUCCCUUUGUACAGCUAUAUUUUUCAUGAAACAUGGUGACCUUCAUAAUCACAUCAUGCUCAACAUUAACCCACUGCAGCACCCAUGGAGUUGAAGGUUAAGGACCUUGGUCAAGAGCCAGGCUUAGACCAGCAGCCUUCUAAUCACAGGCACAGAAGCUUAGCCCACUGACUUUUACAUAUAUAAACCGUGAAGGUGAGGACCUUCAGCUCAGAACAAUGUAAUCUUGGAAACAAAUCCAGCUCCCAAAGCCCGGUUAAGCCGUAAACAGUGACUCUGAUCAUGAGACCAGUCAUAUGACCAUGCUAUGUGGUACAUCUGUGCUGUGUUUGACACGACACCCUACGUUUGAUAAUCCUGCCUUAAAUUCAGCACACCUAUUUCCCAAUCUCUGUGUUUCAGUUCUGUUAGGAAGGCAAUGCUGUACUGCACAAACAUGGGACUAAAGACCAAAAACAGAUCUUGGUAUCGGAGGAAGAGCAAAUGGGUGCUUAUAAAAAGUCUUUAAUUAUGAUACAUUUUGUCUGGUGCAAGUUGCAGUUUGGCCUGAACUCUACAGAAGCGAAGCAUGCAGGAGUAUAUCCAUGCAGAACAAUGGAGCACAGCUUAGGACAAGUUAGGCUGAAACAUCUGUGUCUGCUUCCGUAGCGUCCUGCAUGCACCUGUAUAAGAGGGAAUACCACUGACUGGACUGAGACUUCAGACUUUUUAAUGUGCUUGGCACCACAAUGUAGUUUGCAGUGCAGGUAAUUCAAAUGUCAUUUUGAAAAUUUCACUGAUAUUUUGUGGAGCAUUAUUUGGUAGUUUUGAUGUAAGUACACUGUAGUGUAUUUGUUUAAUUAUAUUAACAAUAAAAGCUAUUGGAGAAGAUGGGGCAAGUGAGGAGAGAAAGGUCAUACAGGUAAUUAGGUCCAAGGAAGCGGAAAUGCUGUAAGUGACGUCAGACGCCGGAGACUUGGCGGAAAAUCUGAAUGAACAGUGAGGACAGCGAGGGGAAUUUGGAAUCUCUUCAGGAAUACAUCGACUGGUACGUCGACGUUAUAGUCAUGAAGAAGAACGCAAAUGCAUCUUCUCUAGCCAAAAGCGAAACACCGUCCUCCAAAAGAUUUCGCCCGGCUGACUCCCCCGGAACAGCAUCGCCGACUGGUAAAGACUUUGCUGAUAUCCUGAAUUCAAUCGGCAAGCGAUUGUCCAGCUUCGACGCGAUGUUGUCUCUGGUCGAGAAUCUACAUCAGGAAUUCAAAUCCCUGAGGGAAUCUUUGGAAUUCAGCCAGCAGCAGGUGGAAACACUCGCUGCUGAAAACGCCUCACUGCGGGACUUGGUUAAGUCUCUAACUGAACAUGUGACCCAUCUAAAUGAAGAAAAUAAAAAAUAUGAGAAUGUCAUCGAUCUCCAGGCCCGUAGCAGGAGAGAACCUGAUGUUUUCAGGCAUCCUGAAAUUUGCCGAAGAGGAUGCAGAAGUUACUGUUAGAACCUGUAUCAAGACCCACCUGAAGCUUUCGGAGGACACUGUGAAAAACAUCUGCGUUGAAAGAGUCCAUCGGCUGGGAGCCAGGAGGCCUGGUGCGCUGAGACCGCGUCCUAUUGUGGCCAAAUUUGGAUAUUUUAAGCAGAAGGAGCAGGUGAAGAGCC